UUGACACAAGUGGAGCGUGUCGGUGGGUUUUCUUCCCAUCCGCUCACCACUUCCAGUCGAACGGAGGUGAAGCGACAGAAGGGGCGCGCUACUAAAAGGUUUUCCACCAUCACUUUGGACGACUUGGCCGUGUUAUUUCUAGUACACUCGGUACUUCCUCCAUGAACGAGACGAAUUAUUGUCGGACUUCGGAUGAAGUUGGAGUUUGGCCGCAGCACAAUGUGACCAUGCUGAGUUGAGGCUCUUCGGAUUACGCGGUACCGCUUUAUUGAUCAAGAGACGCGGGAACCAAGCAUGGGCAAACUACAAUCUAAGCACGCCUGCAAGCGCAGAGAGAAUCCAGAAGGGGACAGUUUUGUUGUGAACGCUUUCUUGCGGAGGGGAUUGGACGAAUCUGAACGCUAUGGAGGAAUGGAUCACAAAUUGAAGAGCAUGCAGGAGUUCCAUAAUGGGCAUGUGAAACCAGGUCACCUCGUAGAUCAGCACUGCCCCCUUGAGGUGGCUCUCCCUCCUGAGAAGACGGAGGGCUGCGAAAACUACCUACAGUACCUUCAUGCGGACGAUGCCGAGCGAGACAUGAAAGCGAGUGGAAAGAAACGCAUCAGUCUUGAUGACUUGGAAUGUGAUGUUUCGGUAGAAGAUGACAACCGCCAGGAGUGGAUAUUCACACUUUACGACUUUGACAACAGUGGCAAAGUGACAAAGGAGGAUAUGUCCAGCCUAAUGCACACCAUCUAUGACGUAGUGGAUGCCUCCGUCAAUCACUCCUGCCAUAAUAAAAGCAAGACUCUACGUGUGAAGCUGACCGUCACUCCGGAGCCGAGAUGCCACAAAAGAGAAACAGGAACAGAUCGCCUCAACCAAGAGGAGGGUCGUUCAUCUGACAAGCGCAUGUCUGCCUACAUCAGCAGGGGGCAAAGCAAUGAAGCCCCAACCACUGAAGGCCAGCAUUACUGUGUGGAUGAGAACACCGAGAGGAGGAAUCACUACCUGGAUUUGGCUGGCAUAGAGAACUACACUUCCAGGUUUGAAGGAACAGGCCCUCCCCAGGAGAGUCAGGGUCGAAGCUCCCAGAGCCAGAGUCGCUCCCGCUCCCACGAGCCAGAAGCCCCGAUCACCCACCAGCGGCGCUCGCAGGUCAUCGGCGACGGUUACAACCCCACAGAGUUUCGAGGGAAAGGAGCACAGUUUGUGAAAUCCCCCAAGGGAACCAACAAAGGAGGGAAUAGCAGCGGCGGUGUGGGUAAAUCCACUAAAUGUCACGGCUACCACCCUCCCCUGCAAACCGUGUUGCACGGUGGCACUGCGGCCGCCCACGGGGGUCAGGAUGUAUACCACUUAUCGCACCAGGUUCAAGCGUCCGGCCACCAUCAGCACCCUCUACAGUACAGUCACAGCAAACGCGUCAGGGCCAAAGCCCGGGAGGCGCUUUCCCCAACCAAAACGCCCAUUUCCCCGCAGCCUCAUCCUCAGGGUCCGUCCACUUUGCCCUCUGUGCUACCGGGCCUGGAGAGAGAGCAGGUGGCCGGCCACCCGGGCAGCCCGGGCUUUGUGGUUCCUGUGGUCCAACGCCACGAGCACCAUCAUCACCAUGAACACCAUCACCACCACCACUACCAUCAUUACCACCAGACAUGACCGCCUGCGCUUACGUCCAGUGGACAGGACCAAGCACCACUCCCAGUCGAGGAUCAUUGUACUCUCCUCAUUCAAGCUAUACAGAUAUAUCCUGACAUGUAUGGAGGAGUUGCCCAGAAAGGUUUUCUGAAGUAAUUGUGUCACUACAAAUGCUGUUUGGCACAGUUCAUAUAUAUAAGUUUUUUAAAUAAAAAUUACUUUGGGACUGCUGAACCUGUUUUCAGUCACGGGAGCACACAGACACACCAGAAAGAUAAAAUGCAGGAGAACUUUGACACCUACUUCCCCCUCCUGAUGCUGUUGACGGUCGCCGUCCUUUGAAGCUAUAAGUCACGUUCUGUAGGAGACCUCUCCUAAAAACCAUGGAUCUCAGGUGUAAAGGUGCUGCUUAUUCACAGAGGCCUCUUCGUCUGUGGACUAAAGGGGAUUGGAGAAAUACUGGGGGGAAUGGGGCUAUAAAAAUCACCACUGCCAGUUUUUAUGCAAAAAAAAUAUCUUGCUAUAUGUACUGUAUAAAAAAUAUCUAUAAAUAUAAACACAUUUUACUGUAUAAUUCUAAUACUGUA